AUGAUGACGUGCCGUCUGCUGUGCGCCCUGUUGGUGCUCGCCCUGUGCUGCUACCCUUCCUUAUGCGCGGAGGAUACUGAUGACGACGAAUCAGCCGGCUCGAUUUUGUUGUCCCCUCAGUCCGAAGAGGAAGACGAUUCCGAUUUGAGUCAGGAUUUAGGCACGGACACCGAUGCGGGAGCGGAAAAUGAGAGGACUGGCGAGGAAGGUUUAAGAAAUGAGGACCCUGCCUACCCAAAGGGUCAAGAGGACAACGUUGAGUUACAGACACCAAAUACAACCACUACGACCACUACGACAAAGGCACCAACUACGACCACUGCGACCGCUGCGCCAGCCCAGACGACCACCACUGCGGCAGAGCCAACCACGACGACCACGACCACCACUGCGCCGGAGGCUCUUACUACGACUACGGAGGCGCUAACCACGACGACCACCCGCGCACCGUCACGUCUUCGCGAAAUCGACGGCAGCCUCAGCAGCUCUGCGUGGGUGUGUGCCCCGCUGCUGCUUGCAGUAUCCGCACUGGCGUACACCGCUCUGGGCUGA